UGAAACGUAACUAAAGGAAGUAAAUUAAAUAUAUCAACAUGAUCGAUACACUUUUUGUAUUUCUCAAUGUAUUGAUUAUUCUUAUGGUGGCUAUAUAUGUAAAUCAUACGGAACGAUUGAUAUUGCAGUUAAAAGAGGAUGUAAGAAAAUCAUUGCAAUUGGAACGAGUGUCUGAAGAAAAACCUAUCGACUGUACUGAUAUUCAUGUAAGCCAGGGAAGUGGUAUCUAUACUAUAUAUCCAAAGGGCAUUGGACGCAUUAACGUUUACUGUGACCUUGACACAUACAAUAAUGGAGGAGGCUGGACAGUUUUUCAACGAAGAGAAACUGGCGAAGAGGACUUUAAUCGUGAAUGGAUUGAUUAUGAGAAUGGCUUUGGAAGUUUACGUAAAGAAUUCUGGUUAGGUAACAGUAACCUUUAUAUAAUUACAGACCAAGGUAGAUAUGAAUUGAUGGUAAUGAUAGAAGACUUUAAAAACAACAAAGCAUUUGCCAGAUAUAACUCUUUCAAAAUAGGCGGUGUAUUUUCGAAUUACAAACUGUCUAUUGGAGGAUAUAGCGGAACGGCUGCUUCUUACAUUUCUUAUGCAGGGAAUAGUUUAUGGAAAAACAAUAAUAAACCAUUUACAACAAAGGAUAAGCACAAUAUAGAAUUCGAUAGCAAAGAAUGUGAAAUAUAUGAAGAAGGUCCGUGGUGGUUUUUUGAACAAAGAGAUUGUACGUGGGCAAACCUUAAUGGAAAGUAUUUAAAGGAAAAGUCAAAUGAUUUUGGUGGCGUUUACUGGCGUGACUUGCAGAACUCUUUUAAAGUGACACUUAAAAAGACAACGAUGAUGAUACGUAGAAUUCUGUAAUACCUGAUAAUAUAAAUAAUAGCAGUAUGUAACGUUAGUCCGUAUGAUUAUAUAUUAUGUAUGAGAUAUGAGACGAUUACAUGCAUCUGAUUUACAUAUUAGUAAUACAUAAAAAUUUUAUCUUUUCUCUUGUUCUCAAAGGAGCAAAUAGAUUUGAUCAAACGGGAAAAGUGUCAUUAUCUCAAAUUUCCAGAUGCAGGAACACUUUCUGUCAUCAAAUUGAUACCUUAUCACUACUUUUGUGUGACAAUAUGAAUCGUCUACUAUCUUGUAUUUUUCUGGUUUGAUUGCUAAAAUCUGAACUUUUUGCUGAUAAAUGAUAACACUUCCAUGUAAAUAUGUAUAAUAGUCGUAAGCUUAUUCUAGACGAUCCGAUACCUGAUAUCAUGCCAGGGUUGACCAAGUAUUACCAGGGUGAUAAAACCCGGGAUUUCCCGGUCUGGGCAAUACUCACAGAAAUAGUUAAUACUAGGCAAUAUGAUUUUUAAACUUAUUUUUAAACAAAAUAGUAAAGAAAUGGUGUAGUUUCAUAGUAUUAUAGCUAAAUAUAUAUGUUAGAGGCAAUAAGUGACAUUAGGCAUUAAGCUUACAUCCUAGGCAAUUAACUAACGCCUAGGCAGUAAGUCUAUAGCCUAGAUGAUGUUGGACAUUAUUCUUAAAUCCUAAAGAAUGUGUCAAGGUAUUAAUCUCAAUGCCUAAAAUGUAAAUGCGAGUCAAUAAAAAGACAAUUAUUCAAAGUUAAAAUACAGUUGGUACACAAUAACAUGAUAAGAAUUGAAGUUUAAAAUGUCAUUUACCUGAAAUAAAGUCACUAUUUCUGGCCACUUUAGUUUUAACUCGAUAUGACCAAAGCUGUAAACUCACAACCAUGUCACUUUGCAGUUUAUGGGGCACACCAAAAGUUGUAAAAACAGCAAUUAAAUCAAAUGUCAAAUCUGAAACACAUUUUGACGUGAGAGCUCUAAUGUUACAAACUUUUGUAAGGGGAUUUUAUAGAAAUUUAUAGUUUCCAUCUGGGUUCGAUUUGAAAUCCAUUAAAUCAUUCUGUUCUCUUCUGUUGAACUAUUUGGAUAAAAUGUGUGUUCACUACUACUCCCUUCCCUAAAUACUUUUUCUUCAUGUUACAAUUUUCACAAAGUGAAAGAAAUAGUUCGAUGGAAUCACGAGAAAUAUUUGCAAAGCCAUGGAAUCACGAGAAAUAUUUGCAUAGCCAUGGAAUGAAGAGAAAUAUUUGCAUAGCCAUGGAAUCACGAGAAAUAUUUGCAUAUCCAUUAUCAGUUGGUUAAAUCAUACGAUCUCUGUCGCCAUGACCAGUCCAUGUGCCUUUUCCAAAGUGCCAUACAGUUCAUGUAGAAAAACAUUUUUUUUUUUAUUUUCCUCAUUAUCCUCCUUUACUUUACUUUUUACAUUUCAAAGUCUCCAAUGCUAACAAUGCAAUACCGUUUUUAAUUGUAGUAGUCUAUAGUAGCCGUCUUUUCUGGGGAUUCUAAAAGGUGAAAGUUCAAUCUUUGCCAAAAGAUCAUUAUACUCCUUGUUUUCACUGAUUAAAAUUUAGACCGCAAAGACUCUAAGAAAUCUGUCCUCAAUAGACAUGUCACAUAAAUGCAAAUAAUACAAAUUAUGAAGUGAAAAAGACAAGAUUGCUUGGGGACAUUUAACAAAAUGUUUAACAGUAAUGUUUUAUAUAUCCAAUAAAAUCAAUGGAAAGAAGAUGUCAGUAAAAACUCAUAACUAUGCAUUUGUCUACUUUUGACCAGACCAAAAUCAAUUCGACAAGUGAAGUGCGAAUUUUCUUCAAUUACAAUUUUCAAAAAGAAUCAUCAAUCCCUCUCCUUUCAUUAGAUACAAUCAUUGUUUGAAACAUAUGAAUAUUUGUAAUACCACAAAGAAAUAUAAGUUAAUUCUGUUAUUAAUAUAAAAAAAAUACUAAAAUUUGAAGAUCUGUUGAAUUAAUGGUUUAUUCACGUUUCUCCAACAUUCUAAAAAUCCAACUAACGUUUAUCCAACAAGUAUUAAACAAUAGAUGGGCUUGGUGUUUAUACAGCAAUUAAAAUUGUUGUUUUAGAAAGUUAUAGUGAGACCUGUAUACAAUGUAUAAUACAAUUUUCAUAUUAUACUUUUUAAAAAUAAAUGUAAAAUAAAAAAUAAAUUCAGAAAAUUCAAAAAUAAAUGGGGUACUUUUUAUAAAAAUUCUUCUAAUAAUUUCCGAUUAUAGUAUUAAAUAAAAAUAUUUAUGACAGCUUGAAAAAAGGUUUGACAAUUUUAGAGUUACAAUAAAAGAUAACAGUAUCGUUCCGCAUCUUUAGUUGGACUCUGUCUUUUUAUAUUAUGAGAUGGAUCACCCCACCCAUUGCAGCUUGGUCCGGUAAAGAUUUCAAGGAAUUACAUAUUUCACAAAGAUGAUAAAUUUUUCAUCCAAUCAAAGAUAAAUAUUUUUUUUUCUAAAUGUAUGGAUGGUUGCGCCCCAUCUGAUUCUUGUAAGAAAUUUCAUACUAAAUUGUAUGAAAUUACGUACAAGAACUAGAUUGGGCGCAACCAGCCCUACACUUCAAAAUAAUAUUCACGCACUCAGUUCGUAAAUUUUGAAUAUGAUUAUAAUGCAAAUUUAUGUUCUCGUAAUAAAUUAAUCCUAAACAGAUGCGGAUCCAGGAUUUUGAUAAAGGGGUCCGGGUCCCCCAAAGUAAGCAACGUUUGGAGGGACAUAUAAAAAGUCUAUGCAUCAACCAUAUAUGUAGGUCCAUAAGGGAGACCGGGCACAUAUAAUCUGCCUCUGCUAAAAACUAUUUCCAAUAUGAGACUGCCAAGUUAUUAAGUUGUAUUUACAGUUUUCCUCCUAGUAAGUAUCAUAACUACAUUUUUACUUAUAGAAAUUUCAAAACCCCAUGUAGAGCACAAUUUACAUAUAUUAUCUAGUCUUGUAUUUUUUCUGUAAAAACUUAAUGCAUGAACCUGAUUUCCAUAUAGCACCGUGAUUUGUAAAUUGUGAAAUUUAACAAAAUAACUCAUUGCCCAUAAUAUUAAAUAAAUUGGACUAAUGCAACUCCUUUAAAAAGUACCAUUCCCAGUUUGCUCAACUCUACAGUGCACGCAAUAUACCAACUCAUCUGUAGUCUUCUAUCCAAUAAAAGUGAGCAGACAUAUAUACGACCGCUUAUUCAACUUGUUGAAGGCAUCAACUCUAACUAGCACCACAUAUAUUCUUUACUGGCAGAUACCCGUUAUUCCGCCUAACGAGCAUUCGUCAGCAUUACUUAGAGAAGCUGCUUUUUGCACUACAGUCAAUAAAUGUUUUUCGGAUACUAUAUUUAAGCAAUAGGCUAACUAUAUUUGGUGUAUGGUAUGAUUGAAAAGUGUAAAUGUCUGUCUGCAGGGAUCAUCUUACCAUUACCCCGUUUAAAUUUAAAUUGUUGAAUAACACUUUUAAUGUGUCAGCAAUUUACAGCAUUUUCCAUUGAGAAAAAUCCUCGAUGUUAAUCACUGUUUUGUAUAUUAGUGCUCUUUGGGGAAUAUUUUUCCAAUUUUGACUCAGUUUUUUUUUUUCAAUAAUCAAUCCGUCAGAUUAUUCAAAAGUUAAUUUGAGCUGGAUUCACUGUAACUCCACUAACAGGUAAAUUUCAUUAAUCCGUAUUGCAAAAACUUCACGUUUCUCCAACAAGAAAUUAUUUACCUGUAUACAAAAAUAUCAAAUGUUGGAGAAACGUGACUACAUCAAAUUAAUGUAUAUUAAUAUUUGGAAUAUGAUAUAAACAAUACUUUACAUCAAGAAUUUUUCACCAAAUGUACAUUUACAUGGAACAUUAUCCCAAAGUUCAGUUAUUGCCUGAAAUGAUGUUUGGCAAUAGGUUGAAUAAUCAUCAACAGAUUUUAGGAUAUAAGCUUAAUGCCUGAAAAUUUCAGACAAUAAGUUAAUGCCUAGGCGUUAGCUAAUUGCCUAGGAUUUAAGCCUAAUUCAUAAUUUUACUUAUUGCCGCUAACUUAUAUACAUUUUAUACAGAUAACCAUUGAGGGUCAUAUUCAGGAUUGAAUAUUCAAUUUCUUCCUUUUCUCCAAUAAUUCUAUGUAGGCAGAAUACAAGUAAGAUUUUUACACAUUUUUUGAUACACCUUGUUUAUAACCAAGCAAUGUUUCAAUAAUCCGAAGUUUGAAAAAAAAUUUUUUUAGUGCAGUAUUAUAGUGAAAUGAAGAUUUUAAUUGUUAUACAAUCAUAUUGCUAAAUAAACACCCUAAAGGGACAUGUCAUGAA